UUGGUUUGGUUUCUCUUAAAAAAAAUAAUAAAAAAUAAAAAAUCUUGCGUCAAUGGAGGAGAGAGCCGAAUCUUCUUCUUCUUUUCCGGCAGUAGCAUCAGAAAAGUCGGAGGAGCAGGUGAUGAGCGAGGUACACUUGGGUUGCCCUUCUGGUCUCUCUGGGUCCCACUAUUCCCGCUUCACCUUCUCCGUUCCGCCUGAUAAAUCAGAAGGUGAAUCAGCUUCAACGGAUAAACCAAUUAGGAUUGAUGAGGAUGGUGAUCUUGUUCUCACUAGACGCAGCAAAUCACGUAAACAGAGCUUUAAUGUGGUUAUUCAGCACAAUAUCACAUCAUCAAUUCCAAAUGUGGGCCUGCAGGUGUGGAGAGCAGAGUUGCUGUUAUCGGAUUUUCUGUUGCAUAAGAUGUCAACCUCGUCUGAAUUUGAAGGGAUUGUCUCACUAGAACUUGGUGCUGGUACUGGGUUGGCCGGUUUAUUACUUGCCCGAGUCGCUAAAACAGUGUUUUUAACAGACCAUGGUGAUGAGAUACUUGACAAUUGUGCCCAGAAUGUUGACCUUAAUUUUGAACUAUUCAAUUGUCAAGCAACCGUUCAUGUUCGUGAACUUGAUUGGAUGAGUUCCUGGCCUCCUAAAAUAUUCCUAGAAGAAUCCACUAAUUUCAACAGGUAUUCUUGGACCGCCUCCGAAGUUGAAGAAGCCCAGGAAGCUUCAUUGCUUGUAGCCGCAGAUGUAAUCUACAGUGAUGACCUCACAGAUGCAUUUUUCAGUACUAUAGAGAGCUUAAUGUGCCUUGGUUCAGAAAAGGUGUUAUACUUGGCAUUGGAAAAGCGCUACAACUUCAGCCUCGACGAUCUUGAUGUCAUUGCAAAUGGUUAUUUGCAUUUCCGAAGCUAUCUGCGAGAUGAGGAAGUUGCAGAGUGUGAAGGCGCUGAAGUCUGCUCAACACCUUGCUUUGUGGGCAAGCGCAUUGACAUCACACAGAUUCCUCAAUAUGCGAGAGAGUAUGACAGAGGAAGCAAUGUGGAGAUUUGGAAGAUCAAGUACAACAGAAGAAGAUCUUGAACUAAGGUUCCUACUUUCUACCUAUGACAACAGGAUAUCCCAAGUUAUUAGACAAUUCUUCUGCUUUGUAAAGGUGCAUA